GAGUGACUGUGCUGAGUCACAUAUCGUGCAACAAUCUCCACAAGUUGGACUCGUUUUACUCUUAAGUAAACUUGAACACAACAUAGACAUCAUCUAAACCAUUAUUAUUAACCAAUAACAACAAAGACAUUAGUUUGUUAAUAAUUUAAUCACUUUAGACAUUGGGAUAUUAAUCUGCGUAGUAAUCAAGUGCAUGUCUUUGUGCCAACGAAAAGAAACUUUUGUGAAAUCAUCAAUUUAGUUGUUAAAAGUGUUAUAUUUAAGUGACAUCUUGCGAAAAAAAGUGUUUUGCACAAGAAAAAGGAAUAAAAAUUAUUAUUAUUUUUUUUCUAUCAAUUAUUUAAUUAUAAUAAAAAAAAUAGCUGUGUGAGUGAUUGACUUGUAGGUUAUUAUUCUGUCUAGUGUAACUGACCUAGACUCUAACGACAUCAGUGAAAAUGUAUAAAUCAUCGAUUAUUUACAACAAAUCCAUUAGCAAAUUAUUGCAUGGAUUUUUGUAAUUAUUACUCAGUUAUAAUGAAGACUCUAAAGUAUUGUUUUGUACUUAAUAUCAACUGUGACAUACUGUGACAUCAAGAUUAAUUAUUUUUUCAUCUAUUUUAAUUUUCCAUAUUCACUUACACUAUUAGAAAAAAAAACUGUUUAUUUAUUUGUAUAUAUGGAAAGAUAAUUUUCAAAAAACUUCUCGAUACAAUGAUUCGAAACAAAUCUAAAAUCGAAUAACAAAAAAAUAGUUUUUUAAUUUGGAAAAAAAUAUAAUAAAAUUCUAAAAAAAAUAAAAUAAAAAAAAUUACCAGUUCGUUGCAAGAUAAUUUAAAAAGAGUACGAGAGGAAAGCCCCGUAAAUUUUGGCAAAAAAUCACUAAAACUUAAAAACACCUAAAAUUUUGCGAAAAAAUUUAAAAAGAUUGCUAGAAGAAGAAAAGGUUUUCAAAAUUUUGUAAAAAUUUUUUUAAAAAAUCACUAGAAAAUGUUGUGUUUGAAGAAAUUAUAUCGUGAAGAACUCCUCCAAUUAGCAUUAAUAUUAUCAAUAUUACGAGUUGAUCCGGAAUCUUAUCUAGGAAUAGACAUCCAAAGUAUUGGUGUACGAUCAUUAUUGGAUUUGAAUAAUGGAUCAGGAUGGCAUACAGAUGCUCAUACGAUUGUACAUCGACCUCUAUUUAUUCAUCCAAAAAACCCAGACUCAAUGUUACUAAAUUACGAACGUAAUUUAUUUCAAGACCUCAAUUCACUUGGACGAUAUAAUCGGCUCAACACUGAGUAUAAUAAUCAUCAUAAUAUUCAUGCUUACUUGUUGAACAUUGAAGAAAGUGGAAAAAAUGCUUCAGAUGCAUCAUCAGCAGGUACAAGUAUUGCAGAUUCCAGUGAAAGAAAUCGAAAUAUUUCAUCACCUAAUCCACCUACGGAGUCCCAAACUGUCCAAGAACCACAAAAAAAUGAUGCUGAACUUACUCAAGAGGAUAUGGAUCUCAUUGAAGUUCUUUGGAAGCAGGAUGUUGAUCUGGGUUUUACUCUUGCUGAUGUCGAGGGGGUGAAAUCUGACACAUCAACCUCCAAAGACCGUAAGAAAGAAUCCGCUGAUGAACUGGAGAAACUCAAAGCUCUAGAAGCAGUGAAUGCAACAAAAAAUGAGGAUAAAGCUAAAGAUUCAGAAGAAAAGGAAGAUGAUCCUUGGGCAGGACUUUCUUACACUGUUGAUUUGGAAACAGGUGAAUACAUAUUGACAAGUGGCAGUCCAAGUGUCAGUGGACCAGAAAGUCUUUCAGAAAGUCCAGAUCAAUUGUCUUGUGCUCAAUUAACUCUAAACGAUCCACCAAUUGGUCUCGUUGAAGAUUCAUUAGGAUUGAACGAAAAUUUUGGUCUUGAGGAUGACUUUCCGUCGGAAUUAUUAAAUGACAGUCUUCUCGGUAGUACAGGAGUUGAAGGACUAUUAAGCAAUGAUUCUUUAGGUCUACCCGACGGAUUCAACCUCGAAGAAGCUCUUCAAUUAGUUGGUCUCAAUGAAGUCGCACCUAAUGAAAUAAAGAGCGAAGGAAGAAAAAAACGCUCUGACUGCUCCGAUAAAUUAUCGGACACUGCUACUGGUGCUGCUUCAACUGCGAAAAAUUGCGAUAAAGAAUCUACUGACGAUUUUGAAAAAGAUAUGAUUCAUACACCGCAACUUCAUCCACAUCAUCCUCAUCACCGGCCACUUCAGGGUCGUGUACCUUUCGUCCGUUCGAUGAGUUCGGAACAAAGAUGGCCUGGCGACUUUGCAUCAAUUUUAUCUCUCCCAGACCACUUUGGACACUCAACACACUCAGGAUACUCUGGUCAUACUUUGAACCACCCUCACUACGAAGCUCAACGUAAUGUUUUGCUUCAUAAUGCCACUCUAGCACCACCUGUAGGAGAUUUAAACUCUACUGGGCCUUACCAUAAUGUCGGUGGACCUUCAAACUUUGGAUCAGCUGUGGCUACAUCAAUGAACCUAACGAAUAGCAGUGAACCUCUUGGUCAUGACAACAGUAAUGUUUAUAAAGCAGAACCUAAUGAUAUGAUGUACUAUCAUACACCUUCUGAAACUAUAAAUCAAACGACUGAUGGAUUUAUAUCCUCGUUGUUAAGUGACGAGGAUCUGCAUCUGAUGGACAUGGCUAUGAAUGAUGGGAUGUAUUCAAUGAGAUUACUAGACAACAGCAGCAACAAUGCAACUGGACCAACAGGUGGUGGUGGUGGUGGUGCUGUAGGACUUCCUGGAGUUACAGCAUCAUCAACAACAACUACCGGACCAAGUGUGACUAAUCUUGGCGUUACUGAUGAAAGACUUGAUGCCUCAAGCGAUAGUGCUGUCAGUAGCAUGGGAAGUGAACGUGUACCAUCUCUUUCUGAUGGCGAAUGGAUGGAAACUGGAUCUAAUUCAAGUCAUACACAAGCUGAUUCACAUUAUUCUAUGGAUUAUGCUAGUAAAUAUCGGAUGCCUUAUGAGUGCAACUACUCUUUAUCAGGACGAAACAGUGGCUCACCACGGUGUCAAGGUGAUCGAAUUCCACCUGUAGCACAAAAGAAACAUCAAAUGUUUGCUAAACGAUACUUCCAAGAGCAAGGAACAGGAUCACCUAUCGGACCAAGUACUCAUCCUUCUACGCCGAUAAAAUAUGAAUAUGAUCAUCAAGCUAUUGGAUCAGGUGCUCCAGGCAAUGCUUAUGCAGGACCAAUUGAAGGUGCUGCUGGGCCUCAUCCAGAAUUAAAAUACAGCUGCAGUGUUGAUUUUAGUCGACAUCAAUCAGUGUCCAACUUACCUGGUAGGACGGCUUUAGAGCAUCUUCAUCACAAUCAUACGUAUCAUUUGCCUCCAGAUAGUAUAGGCGCUAUGCAACGACCUAUAAUACGAGACAAGAAAGGACGUAAAAAUGAAUCAGAUGAAAAUUUAACUCGUGAUGAAAAACGAGCACGAGCUCAUAAUGUACCAAUUCCAGUUAAAGAUAUUAUUAAUCUUCCAAUGGAUGAAUUUAAUGAACGAUUGAGUAAAUAUGAUCUCAAUGAAAAUCAAUUAUCAUUGAUUCGUGAUAUUCGAAGACGUGGAAAGAAUAAGGUGGCCGCUCAAAAUUGUAGAAAACGAAAACUAGAUCAAAUCACCAGUCUAGAGGUUCAAGUAAAAGAAAUGAAAGACAGGAAAACGAGAUUGAUCAGAGAAAGGGAGUAUAUGAUGUUAGAGAGACAAAGAGUCAAGGAUAAAUUCACUCAAUUGUAUCAUCAUGUCUUUCAAUCUUUACGUGAUUCUGAUGGCAACCAGUAUCAUAUUAAUGACUAUUGUCUCCAACAAUCAGCUGAUGGUAAUGUAUUAUUGGUACCACGAAAUCAAACAAACCCAAAUCAUUCACGACAAUGUUCAUCGUCGAUGGAUCAAAAAGGAAAGCCUAAUUCUGAGCACAAAGAGUGAAGGCGGUUCGGUGAAACGUCCCGUGUUCUUUUUAUAUUGGAAUAAAUUAAAAAAAAAAAAAAUAACAGGAUUUUUUAAAUAUAAAUUCAAACAAAAAACAAAAAAAAAGAAUGAUAAAAA